GUCAUUUUGCCAAGGAGCAAGAUUUGUAUAAAUAUGGCGGACCAAGUGCUUUCAUUUGGAUAGUUUGAUAAAUAAACUGAUUACUUGGAAAGACAUUGAACAAAUGGAUUUUGAAUGAAGUGUGAUACUAUGGAUUAUUAAAUGUGAAAUACGUUUCAUGCUAAUAAGUUUAACGAAUCAAAAUGCCUCAAAACAAUAAGCAAUAAAGACGACAAAGAAAUGUCUCGCCGCUAUUAUCAGGACUCAAGAUCACCGAGUGCGGUGUUUGUCCCCAUGCCGGUGGACCGAGGGGUGCUGGGAGAAAAGAAAGUGGAGGCAUUACAGCGGCAGAUAGAGAGACUGGAAAAUGACCAGAUGAAGAGGAAAGAACUGAUAGAAAAGUUAUCCAAAAAUCAGGAUAAAAACCAGAGAAAACAUCAAGAAAAGCUGCUGGAAAAGUACAACAAGAAAAACAUACUGACAGAUGAAAUAGAGCGUAUUUAUGGCGAUGAUAAAGGAAGAAAUUUUGUAAAAUCCCCAGCCAGCCCCAGAGUUUUAGAAACAGUGAUGGCUAAACGAACAAAAGAAUUCUCUAUGAAACAGCAAGAAAAGGAACUGGAAACAAAAUACUUGCUGAAAGAGAGAGAAAGGUUACAGAUGGCUCGAGACAGAAUUCGGGAGCAAAGGCGUGCUCUCCUCUCUCCCGCGGAUAGUUCCAUGAGUGAGCCAGACUACCACUACAGGUCAAACAAGAUGGCCGAUCCUCACAGCAGAAUGAGUGUUCGGACCCCGCGGUACAACGACGGCAAGGAAUACAGCGUGGACUCCUAUGUCCAGAACACGAUUAACACGCUCCCGGAAACCAUGGACAGGAUAGCACAGCUCCGUCAAGAUGUUCAGAAACAUUAUGUGUCUUAUGAGAAGCCUUACCGUGGGGAAAUGGGUAUCCAGACCUACCUACCUCAUCAAAUGAAGGGCUAUUUUAUGGUAAGGGGCAUUGUGGAUGACCUAGUUAAUGACUUCCUGAAUCUCCAAUUUCCUGAGGCUGUGCCCAUGAUGGAGAAAGAUGCAUACUAUGCCACUAUUGAGCAGAGAAAAAGAGUGAGACAGCAGACAUUGGAGUCUAUGUCAGAGAGGAAGGCUGUGCAGCUGUUGAUGGAAGAUAUCAUUCUUGAUGUGACGGGGGAGAUGUGUUUGGAGGUCGCCCAGGAGGACCGACAUUCAACAGGAACCAUACAGAACAUGGUGGACCUGAUUAUUAUGAACAGAGCAGAGGCUGUGGCAACACAGAAUGAAGAGGGGAGGCUAUCCAAUGAUAAAGCAUACAAUGUAGUCACAAAACAGUAUUACACAAGUCAGGAAACUAGAGAUUCAAGGCGGCCGGAUCUGUUUUACCACACGGCAAACUUAUCCCUCAAGCCUGAGGCAGACCCCCAGAGGAGAAUAAAGCUCCCACCAGGUGUGGCACCACCCCCUACAGUCGAUGGCAAGGGCAAGAAAUUACCGCCCGCCAAAACGGACAUCAAGGGUAAAAAGGACAAGAAAGUAGUCCCAGGACAGCCUCCUCCCUCUCAACCUGUCAGGUUACCGACCCCUGCGAAAAUUCCAGAGGAAAUAACUGUAGUUCUUGAGAGAGAGGAUCCGGACACCGUAGUAUUAGAAUAUCACCCCAUCAUCCCUGUAGAUAUCAGAAAGUAUGACCCCCUCCCCAACGAUUUACCCGAAACCAAAGCUGUCAAAGAGAGGUACAACUUGUAUUCCCAGAAGGAAAUCCACUACUGGAAGCAAAUCAUUCCCUAUAUAUCUGAGCUAAAAAUGCCAAAAAGAGUCAAAGGUAUCAGCAUAGUGUCCUGCUCCCCCAACAGUAAAUAUGUGGCAUUUGGAUCUCUACGAGGUGAUGCCAUGAUCUUUGACACAGCCUACGACCCUUGGCGACUUAUCAAGGUCAUGGUCAAUGAGAACAAAGGAGAUGAUCCCAUAGUAAACCUGUCCUGGACCAUGGACUGUCAGAGAGUCAUCACCAUCACUCACUCUGGAAGUGUUUUUGUUUACUCCAUGCUGGGUGGAUUAAAGAAAUCCAACACCAGUAGGAUGGGGCUAGGAGCGGAUGAUCUGGGAGUUUUUCCCCAGCAAAUGGGCCUUGUGCUAGACAUGGAUGCCUCAUUCAAAGAUUUCACAUUUCAAGAAGGCCCUCUAGCUGAUGAUGGAGUCUUGACAGAAGUUCAUCUACCCACCUCUGCAUCUUUCUUUCCAUCAUUCUCAUUUCUAGGUGUACAGGACAGUUUCUGUGUUGGUUUGGAGUCUGGAGACAUCUUGAAGUGCGACUUGGAGUUUGUGUUGAAUGCUCCAGGGGAAGGCGACACCCAUAAAUUUGUGGAAUCCAAGAGAGUCUACAACCCCAUGUUAUCAUCAAAGACCUUGAACAUAAUAGGGCGAGGAGUGGAAGGAGAUCUCUUCAAGCAACACAAGGCGCGGAUCAUCCAUUUUAGUUUCAUCGACAACAUCAAUGAACUUGUGUCAGUGGAUGAGGAGGGCUUCAUCUUCAUCUGGAAGUAUACAAGAGAAUGGAAAGCCAGUGUUGGAUGGUUUAAACCAGUGAGGAAAUUCCGACUGUCAAAAACCAAGGACAUGUACCAACCAGCUGAGGGUAAACCCAAGGAUAGAACAUUGAAGCUGGUUUUUACUGAUGGUGCAGCUGCCAUGCCUAACAAGAAGCGCCAGAGAACGCGACAGGAAAUAGCACAGGAAAGGAAACAAAAUAUGAACCUGAUCUUGAACAUGAACCUUGGUGACCCUUGGCAUGUACAAUUUGAUGGAAACAAAUUGAUAGAGGUGUACGCGCCGCGAGGCGUGGUGAAGGACACAGGAGCAGUCUUCCACAUCGUCAUCAAACACAUCGCUACUGACCAGUUGUCAUCGUACGCCACCAGAGUUUACAAACCUGUAAAGAUUAAAUAUUCCAAGAUGUCUGUGAUAUCAACUGCCAAGGGAGAUGCACUCAUAUUUAUGUUACUCUUUCCCUCUUUUCCUCCAAAAGAGCCCCAUGUGACUAUAACAGUUUUUGAUUUGAAGACCUUUGAGUUGCGAGAUUUCAGACGAGAUAUUUAUUUGUCUGAGGCAGAAUUCACAGAGAUGUCAAGAAAUGAUACCACAUUUGCAGAUAUCAGUAGAGUUUUUGGGCCCACUGGAUCAGAGUACCUGUUUAUAUGUCUCCUUGGGGAUUUCAAGGUCAUCUCCUUGACAACAGGACGACAAGUGGUCAGAAUGGAGGACCCUUCAAUUAGAUCUGACGAUGAUGAUGACGAAGAUGAAGGCUAUAGAGGAUGCACCAUCAGGACGGAUGAAUUGCCAUUGGAGGAAAACUCACAAGUGUCGGUGUUGUCAACCAAUGGGAAAAUGCACGCUAUAUUUCAUUCUCCAAAUUCUGGUACUGUAAUGUAUGUGGAGUUUGAAGAUGAGAAUGUGAAAGCUACCAGACGACAAAUGUGGAAGCUGUAUGAUAGACUUGAGCCUGAGAAGAAGCGGUUAAUGCCGGCCGAGCUGAGAGUGGACACUCUGACCAGUGAUCUCGGUGACAAACAGCACCCCUCUGUUGCCAUGCGCUCCAUCGUCCUGGAGAUGAUGGACAAAGCCAUCCAGCUGUCCCACAAGGCUAAAUACACCAAUGAACAGAAGGAUGACUUCAUGCUGUGGGACAGGGUCAACAAUUACAAGCCCCUUGAACAACCGAUAAAUAGCGGGAACAUCCUGACUGGACCUUGAGUGUCUACAACAGAAAAAGAUCUUAAAAAUUGACACAUAACCUGUUCAAUGCUCUACAUACCUGGUCAUCUAAAUACCAGUAUUAGCUGGUACUACUGCUGUACUCUGGACCAUUAUCCAAAACUUCUUCCAGAUGGACUCAACUAGAGAAUUUGACUUAAUUGGAAAACCUUCCAGUAGUGGACUUCCAUUUGACUUACAAUAACAUUCUGAGUUGAUAUCUAUUCCUAUGGGUGCUAGAGCCAUAUAUUUAAACUUUGAAAUGGAAAUCUCAUAAACAAUGUAUAUAUCCACUCAAUCCAUUUGUUUACAGCUGGAUCUGGAUAUUCUUGCAUUUACAGCUAGAUUGGAACACCAGUAAUCCUGUAUUCAUACACCAAGAUCCAUAUGUUUACAUCAAGAUCCAUGGAUUCUUUUACAUGUAUUUACAUUUGGAUUAUUUUUCACACAGCUGGAUCUGUGGAUUUCUGAGGUUCUCUGCUGCUCCAUGCAGUCUUGGAAUUGUUCAUGAUGAAUUAAUUGUGUUCAACCCAAAUCUUAAAAGCUACUUGACACAACUUCUCUUUGAUAUUUUUGGCUUCAGAUUAGAUCAUUGUUGCAUUGUAGAUAUAGUGCCAUUCAUUUCAGCACUUAUUUUUUAAAACAAUAAAAGUUCAUUUUUAUGAUUGACAUUAUUCAUGAUGUAUGUGUGUGAGAAAUGAAAUACUUGUGACUGAACAUCUGUGAAUAUGAACUCAUGGGUAAAACCAAUGGAUAUUUUUAUUUUUUAUGUGGCAUUGAGAUAUAUUUUUGUAGAUAUUACAUGCGUGCUCUGUCAUGUAUUGUAUCAAAUGUUUAUAGUAUGGCUUCCAAGUGCUUCUUCAAUACAUUUAUAACCAAAUAGGUCUUCCUGUUUAUGUACUGUAAAGCUUCCAAGAGAUGUUUUGCCAAACAGUUGUUUUGUAUGCAAUGUUGUAUACAUGAAUUUACAUUAAAUCCAAGCUUUGCACAUAUAAGCUCAAAUCGUAGUAGUUGAUGGUAGUACUCGAAGGUUAGUGAAGUGAAUAUUUACACUGCAAAUGUCAUCUUAAAACUUGUUUUUUUUUCAUUAUUUUCUCAACUGUUUGUGCCAAAUCAUUUUUAGAGAAAUUUCUUUGUUGUUACAUUGAUGUCAUCAUAGCUUCAUUUGUUUAUUUACAGGAAACUUGUGUGCAAAUACUAUUUCUGUGAAAUUAACAUAAUUGAUAAAUUUUGAAAAUUGCAUGUUCUGUUUUUGUGCAUGCAUAUGUAUGAAUUCUUUUUGUUGGCAACAUUGUUUAUUUACAGGAAACUUAUGUACAACCACUUUUUAUGUGAAAUUGACAACUGACAUAAAAUUAACAUAAAAUUGAUGAAGAGUUAUUAUGAAAUAUAUUUGUAAAGUUGAAAGUGCAAAACAUUUCACUCAAAAAACAGCCCCAAAGAGGCCCAAACCUUGUGGAUGUUUAGGGAAGGUUUCCAGUAACUAGGGUCCUUUUUAUUCAUUCUGUUUGUGGGAGAUUUUUUGCAAUAGUUAUUCAAUGAAUAUAAUCUUUCACAAAAGCACAUAUGAUUAUUUCAACAACUGUGAAAAACAUACUUUUGUUAAAGAAAGAAAAUUACAAUGCAUAUCUUUAAUUCUAUGUUUGGUGUCCUUAGAAAUUAUUCUCAACAGAAACCUGUUCAAGAAAGCAAGUUUUCUCAGGUGCUCCCGUAAUAAAAAAAAACCUGGUGUUAUAGGUCCUUGUACAAUAUAUAUGUGGAAUUAUGUCAGUUGUAAAUGCCUGCAAGGGCUGCCCCUGCUUAACAGGUCUCAAAAAUCAGAACAUCAGUAGUUAUCAACAGUUAGAUAGAACCAUUUUAACAGGAGCUUGGACUUUGGGUAGUUGUGUCAAACAGCACUGUGACUGUCUAUUUUAUUGUAGGCCACUCAGUCAUGGCUCUUUGAAAUCAACAAGAUUUGUCAGGCUUUUGAGCUAAGGCUACGCAAUCGGUGUAUAUUUCGCUUGAAACCAGCGUCAUUUUAACUUGUUUUGACACAAGAAAUAGAUAGUUACAUCCUACUGAAAGUCCAAGGACUUGUUAAAAUGGUUCUAAAUGUUUAGUUAACUCUGUGAACUCUGUCAUAAUUAUAUUCAACUAGUAUUAAAUCAUUGACAGUAGAUCUCUACAUGUGUAUAUUGUUUUUUGCUCUCUUUGCCUCUAAUGCGAAACAUUGAUAUUCACCAAACAUUACACUGUAUGUACAUCUCUUUGUUUGAUCUUACCUCAGUUUUUUUUCACUUUGUGUUUACUUAUUUCUGAGUAGCAAAGAAAAGCUGUACAAUUAGUAAAAUGUGUAAUAAUUUGUUAUUUAUAUUGUUAUCUGUGAUACUAUAGUAAACAUUAGCAAUA